ACGAAAAAGCUGUCCGCACAUGACGUCAUUCGGUCCACCCAGGGAAACACAUUUCUGAAAGACCGGCUAUAAAAAUACGUUUAAAUAUGCCUCCUACGUCCCCAAACAUUAGCGAGUAUCGUGUGGUACUUCCUAUGACAGUGGAUGAGUAUCAAGUUGCUCAAUUAUGGUCAGUCGCUGAAGCAAGUAAAAACGAGACAGGAGGAGGUGAAGGUAUUGAAGUUCGUGUCAAUGAACCUUUUGAUGAAACUCAUCACGCACCUAAGUCAAAGUUAGAGGCUAAUGGUAAAACAUAUACCACUGGACAGUUUACACAUAAAAUCUACCACUUAUCAAGUCGAGUUCCAGCCUUUAUACGUUUGAUAGCCCCUAAAGGAUCUCUGGAGAUACAUGAAGAAGCUUGGAAUGCUUAUCCUUAUUGUAGAACUAUUAUUACAAAUCCAGAUUACAUGAAAGAUGCUUUUUAUAUAAAGAUUGAAACCAUGCACAUGGAUGAUAAAGGCAAUAAAGAAAAUGUACAUGGUUUAAUCCCAGAAGAUAUGAGAAUUAGAAAAGUUGUACCUAUAGACAUAGCCAAUGAUCCUAUUAAACAUGAUGACUACAAAUUAGAAUGGGAUCCAUCAAAGUAUAAAUCAGAGAAAACCAGUAGAGGUCCCUUAGUAGGAAAUUGGCAGGAAAAAGCUGACCCUGUGAUGUGUUGUUAUAAAUUGGUUUCCUGUAAAUUUAAAUGGUUUGGUUUACAAAACAGAGUAGAAAAAUUUAUACAAACUCAAGAAAAAAGAAUAUUUACAAAUUUCCAUAGACAAGUGUUUUGUUGGAUGGAUAAAUGGCAUGGUUUUACUAUGGAAGAUAUCAGACGGAUAGAAGAAGAAACAAAGAACGAAUUAGAUGAGGCAAGAAGAAAAGGCAGUAUAAAGGGAACUAAAGGCACUGAUGAAGAAAAAUAAUGACAGGAAUCUUAGAUACUUAAUUUAUACACUCAUUCCUUUGUUUUUAUUUCUCAUGAUGAAAGCAAUCUUUUUUGUUUUUAUAUGUUUGUUUCAUUUGUUUCACAGAACAGAGCCACCUUUAAAAGUACAAUGGUGAUAUUAUCUUAAUGCACAAAACCAGUAUUUUAUGUUAAUGUUUGCUAAUUAUUGUUUACAUUGCCUUUGUCCGUCAGCUCCACAUCUCCAGUUUUAUUAUGUAAUUCUCACUAUAGGGCUUUCAAUUUUACCCGAUUUUAUUAGACUAAUUAUCAGUAUCUGAAAUCAUCGGUAAAUUGGCCUUUUAAAAAGUUUUGGACUCACACCCAAAUAUUUUUUGCUGAAUGAUUUUUGUAUGUUUGAUAUGUUGUACAUUUAUUAACACAACAUUUUUCAUUGUAACAAGCAAUCCUUCAUAAAUAAAGCUCAUCCCAUUAUUUGUAUUUAUUUUAAACUUCAAAAACUAGUGUUGAUUUAUAGAUUGCUUUACUGCUUAUAACUAUCUACAUAGCCAUAGAAAUUCAUGAAAUUUAAAGAAGUAUUAGCAAUGUAAAUUUAAUGGAACCCUUUUGAUAAUUUUGGGGUUCUGUUAUAUAUUUGAACAUAUACCAGAUAUUCCAAUCUGCAACACAGACUUUCCCAUAAUGUUUUAACAUCAUGACAUAAUAGUGUUGCAGAUUACGAAAAAGCGAUAAGGUGUGUAUCUUUACAAGUAUUCCAAUUGUGCCUACUGAGUCAGUUUGAGGUUUCUUACAAGGAAGAGUUAACCAUGAUACUAUGUUAAGAGUUAUUUAAUGAUGAGAUUUAUAAUUUUCAAGAGAGAAAAAAUAUUACCUUUGAAUAAAGUUUCAAGGUGAAAACAUGAUCAUAAAGUUCUUUUUAAACUUUUUUUCAUGUCUCUGAUUCUGGUCUUCUCAAAAGAUUAAAUUUAUGGGAAGGAUAUUGUAGCAAUUUAUCUUGAAUCCUAAAAUGUGGGAAAUCAAUAACUCACCAUAAUAGCCCGAUAUACAGUUUUGCACUCGUCAAUCAUACAAUCAAUUUUAAAUCAUACUGCCAUAUUAUAUAUAAAGACUUUAUAUAUGUGAUAGUGAGUGACGUUUAUUCAUUACAUUCAUGUAUGAUUGUAUUAAGUUAUGUUUGUUUACAGCUUUCUUAAUUUAAAAAACAUAAAAAUCAAAAUUACAAUAUAUUUUGAAUAGGCUUGAGUUUUGUUUUUUUAUUAAGAUAACAAACUUCAAAUCUGUCAUAAGUCAUGAAUUGUUAAUUCAGAUUUAAAAAGAGACAUAUUGUGAUAGAAUACAGAAAAACUAGGGCUGAAUAAUUGUAAAUUCUCAAAAGUAAUUGAGAAUUUACUAAAGUAAUGCUCGCCAAAAGGCUACCAACUAAAUUAAGUUUUAUUGUAAAAAGAUUACGAAAUGAAAUGAUUUUCUCUACUUAUUUCAAAAUUUCAGGCUAACUGAAAAUUAUGAAUUAAACAAAAAAGUAACUAAUCAAAACCACUACCUCUUAUUAGAAAUUUAAAAGUUCAUAUACCUGUAUACAGUGUAGAAUAUAGUGUAUUUUCUUCUCCCUUUAAUAAGAGGUUAUUUUGAAGGGUUGUAAUUGUUAAGAAUUGCUUUAUCAAUAAAACAAUAACAUGCAUUUAAUAUUUAGGUUGUGUAACAUUAGGUAAAAGUAUUUUUAUACUGCUGUAUCAUUAUUGUUAAGGAAUUGGCGUAAUAAAAACCAUGUAUCUACUAGAAUUUCAUUGUGAUAUGAUAUACUCUUCAUUUUUAUUUUUGUUUUCUGUAUUUUUAUAUAUGUAGGUAUAAUUCUUACCCUUCUUAGCACACACAUUUGUUAUAUAACUUCCCUCUGAAUAAACAUAAGUCAUGAGCCCUUUGAAUGAAAUAAUAAAUUCAUGAUUUACUUCCCUUUGAAUAAAAUAAAAUUCAUGAGUUUCUUCCCUUUGAAUAAAAUAAAAUUCAUGAGUUUUUUCCCUUUAAACAAAAUAAAAUUCAUGAGUUACUUCCCUUUGACAGACUAAAAGUGAAAGACUAACAAUGUUCAUAAGAGUAUUGUGAUAUUUUUACCAAAUAUAAUGUCUCAAAAUAAAUGAAUCAGGAUGAACAGUAUAUGAUUUUGUUUUUGGUUCUGGGCAGGUCCUGUGAAAUGUUUAGUUUAGUGCAGCACAAAUUUGUAUAUUUAAUAUUUUAUAUCAUACAAUGUAGUACUAUUCUAUUUUGUCAAUUAAGAGAUUUAAGAGAUAGCUUUCGAGGUUAAAAGCUUUCAAACGUUGAAUCAAUGCCUUGUGUAGUAAUGUAUUAUUUAAAAGUUCUUUGUAGUUCACAUGUAUUCAUACUGUCUUGAAAUUGGAGGAAUCUUAUGUUUACAUGUGCUACUGUACUAAUUUAUAUUCAUAAUACUGUUGAUUUUUGUGCUUUUAAUAAAUGUAAAAAAAAUAACAGAGACCUUGGGUAAUAUAAACUUUGUUAUAACUUUGUUUAUUUAAUAGAAGUGCUAUUAAUGUAUACACAUUUUUAAAGACGAAGUCAGUUAAAACCUUGUUUCUGUACCAAAUUUAUAUCACCAAUACAACUUAGCUUGUAUUGGUCCAUUUUGAAUUUAGACGUAAUAAAUAUUUUCUCAAA